AUGGGGGGACAGCGGAGGGAUCAGGAGGGGGACAGCGGAGGGAUCAGGAGGGGGAACAGCGGAGGGAUCAGGAGGGGGGACAGCGGAGGGAUCAGGAGGGGGACAGCGGAGGGAUCAGGAGGGGGACAGCGGAGGGAUCAGGAGGGGGGACAGCGGAGGGAUCAGGAGGGGGACAGAGGAGGGAUCAGGAGGGGGGACAGCGGAGGGAUCAGGAGGGGGGACAGCGGAGGAUCAGGAGGGGGGACAGCGGAGGGAUCAGGAGGGGGGACAGCGGAGGGAUCAGGAGGGGGACAGCGGAGGGAUCAGGAGGGGGACAGAGGAGGGAUCAGGAGGGGGACAGCGGAGGGAUCAGGAGGGGGGCAGCGGAGGGAUCAGGAGGGGUGGACAGCGGAGGGAUCAGGAGGGGGGACAGCGGAGGACAGCCAAGACAAGAGGUUCCAACAUCUGGAGAUUCUGGAGGCCUUCAGUGUGUUGGGACCACAGGCCUUCAGUGUGUUGGGACCUCAGGCCUUCAGUGUGUUGGGACCUCAGGCCUUCAGUGUUAUGGGACCUCAGGCUGCGUUCUCUAGGGUUGGCCCAGCUGACAACAAUGACACAGCGGUCGGAAACAGACUUGAGGAACAGACUGCAGGAGAGUACGUAGCCGCCGGCAUGCGGCUCUCCAUCAACCCCCCCCCCCACCCCGCGGCUCUCCAUCAACGCCCCCCUCUCCACCAAGGAGCUAAAUUACAGGAGAGCGUUGGAAACUCUGUUCCAAAGACCAGGGGAAUAAAGUGCUCUGACCAAGGCUGUGAACCUGUGUCAGAGGUUUUGAGACCAGGGAUCAAGCCCCCCCAACACAGGAGACCAGGGAUCAAGCCCCCCCAACACAGGAGACCGGGGAUCAAGCCCCCCCAACACAGGAGACCGGGAUCAAGCCCCCCCAACACAGGAGACCAGGGAUCAAGCCCCCCCUCCCCAACACAGGAGACCAGGGAUCAAACCCCCCCUCCCCAACACAGGAGACCAGGGAUCAAACCCCCCUCCCCAACACAGGAGACCAUGGAUCAACCCCCCCAACACAGGAGACCAGGGAUCAACCCCCCCAACACAGGAGACCAGGGAUCAACCCCCCCCCCCUCCCCAACACAGGAGACCAGGAUCAAACCCCCCCCCUCCCCAACACAGGAGACCAGGGAUCAACCCCCCUCCCCAAUACAGGAGACCAGGGAUCAAGCCCCCCCCCUCCCCAACACAGGAGACCAGGGAUCAAGCCCCCCCAAUACAGGAGACCAGGGAUCAACCCCCCCCCCCCCCAAUACAGGAGACCAGGGAUCAACCCCCCCCAAUACAGGAGACCGGGAUCAAGCCCCCCCAACACAGGAGACCAGGGAUCAAGCCCCCCCCUCCCCAACACAGGAGACCAGGGAUCAAGCCCCCCCUCCCCAACACAGGAGACCAGGGAUCAAGCCCCCCCAACACAGGAGACCAGGGAUCAAGCCCCCCCCCCCCCCCCAACACAGGAGACCGGGAUCAAGAGACCAGGGAUCACCCCCCCCCCCAACACAGGAGACCAGGGAUCAAGCCCCCCCUCCCCAACACAGGGGACCAGGGAUCAAGCCCCCCCCCCCAACACAGGAGACCAGGGAUCAACCCCCCAACACAGGAGACCAGGGAUCAACCCCCCCCCCCCUCCCCAACACAGGAGACCAGGGAUCAACCCCCCCCAACACAGGGGACCAGGGAUCAACCCCCCCAACACAGGAGACCAGGGAUCAACCCCCCAACACAGGGGACCAGGGAUCAACCCCCCAACACAGGGGACCAGGGAUCAACCCCCCCCCAACACAGGGGACCAGGGAUCAACCCCCCAACACAGGAGACCAGGGAUCAACCCCCCCCAACACAGGGGACCAGGGAUCAACCCCCCCCAACACAGGGGACCAGGGAUCAACCCCCCCCCCCCAACACAGGGGACCAGGGAUCAACCCCCCAACACAGGGGACCAGGGAUCAACCCCCCAACACAGGGGACCAGGGAUCAACCCCCCAACACAGGGGACCAGGGAUCAACCCCCCAACACAGGAGACCGGGGAUCAACCCCCCCCCCCAACACAGGAGACCAGGGAUCAACACACCCCCCUCCCCAACACAGGAGACCAGGGAUCAUGCCCCCAACACAGGGGCCCAGGGAUCAAACCCCCCUCCCCAACACAGGAGACCAGGGAUCAAGACCCCCCCUCCCCAACACAGGGGACCAGGGAUCAGACCCCCCCCUCCCCAACACAGGGGACCAGGGAUCAACCCCCCCCCCCCAACACAGGAGACCAGGAUCAUCCCAAGCGUCCAACCUUCCCACUGUCUCCCCAUCUCAUUUCCUUACUAUCUGAAUAA